AUGCCUCUUCCUCGUCAAGUCUUCAUCGCCGUUAUCGGUGCUGGUGGAGUAGGCAAAACCUUCCUCUCCCAACUAUCCGCGCUCUCCAAGCGCCUCUCCCAAUCGCCCUCAUCGCCAUACUAUCUUUCUCUCAUCUGGCUCAGCACCUCUAAGAAGGCCGUAUACCACGCAGACUACAGGUCUGUCUCCAACUGGGAGUCUGAACUGCAAAACACGUCGAGCGCGCCUCUCCCUCUGCCACAGCUAUGCGAAUACCUACAAAAGGCACCUGGAAAGGUGGUCCUGGUAGACAACACCAGCAGCCAAGAUGUGGCGGAUAGCUACCCUGCCUUGUUGAAAAAGGGCAUCAGCAUUGUCACACCAAACAAGAAAGCAUUCUCGGGAAGCUACGAGUUGUGGACUCAGAUCUUCAACGCUGCGAGCAACGGCAAUGGCGCUGGGGGCUACGUCUUCCACGAGUCGUCGGUCGGCGCAGGACUGCCCGUCAUUUCAACACUCAAGGACCUGGUGGAGACAGGGGAUGAGGUGACCAAGAUUGAAGGUGUCUUUAGCGGAACAAUGAGCUUCCUGUUCAACUCGUUCCAGCCGCUGGGCGGUGGCGGGGGCAAGUUCUCCGCCGAAGUCACGUCUGCAAAGGAAAAAGGCUACACGGAACCAGAUGCGCGCGACGAUCUGAAUGGCCUGGAUGUCGCUCGCAAACUCACGAUUCUCGCCCGCCUGGCUGGCCUCAAGGUGGAAUCGCCGACUUCGUUUCCUGUUCAGUCACUUAUCCCCAAGGAACUCGAGUCGUGCUCUUCGGGCGAUGAGUUCCUCGAGAAGCUGCCACAGUUUGACGAUCAGAUGGAGCAGCUCAAGGCAGAUGCAGAAAAGGAAGGCAAGGUCAUUCGCUUUGUGGGAAGCGUCGAUGUGCCGGGCAACAAUGUCAAGGUUGGUCUUGAGAAGUUUGACAAGAGUCACCCGAUUGCGGCAUUAAAGGGUAGUGACAAUAUCAUCGCUUUCUACACCAAGCGAUAUGGCGAUAACCCACUGAUCAUCCAAGGUGCGGGCGCUGGCGGAGAAGUCACGGCCAUGGGCGUCACUGCCGAUCUAGUAAAAGUCUUGAGAUUGCUUCACUAG